CUUGUGAUAUGACAUCACUCCGUCCAAGACCCUCAGUCAGACAAGUCGUUUUCCAUCAGCUAGCUACCAAACGCUACCACAAUUCCUCGACCACAGCUGUUUGAAGACUGAUCCUUGCCUAAGGUGUGCUUACCAUGGCCUCUGCCAUCUCCACACCGGUUACCUCCUCGAGCCGGCCAGGGCGCUCCACGAGACGUACCUCCGCACCUGGGGUGUCUCCAUCCGGCACGAGCCCCACGCGCAUCACUCGCAUACAGGAGAAGGAGGACCUGCGGCACCUUAACGACCGUCUUGCUAAUUAUAUAGAGCGUGUGCGGCAGCUAGAGAAUGAGAAGUCCUCCAUGCAGCUUUUACUAGAGGAGAAAUCAGAGUCCACUAGCAGGGAAGUUGGGAAUAUUCGACGUCUCUACGAGAACGAGCUCGCAGACGCCAGGAAGACUCUUGACAACACCGCUAAUGAACGGGCCCGACUACAGAUAGAGUUAAGCCAACUCGCUGAAGAUCAUAGGAAAUUGCAAGCCAGGAAUACCAAAAAAGAGGCGGACCUGGGCAGGGCAGCUGGACACUGGAAGAGCCUCGAGGCUGCGCUCAACUCCAAAGAGGCCGAGUACGCCAACUUGCUGGCCGAAAAUCGGAAUCUUGAAAGCGCAGUCACAGAUCUCAAAAACCAAGUGUCAAAUUUGGAGGCUGCUCUGCAGAAUGCCCAGGCUCAGCUCAAUGAGGAGAUGCUGCAGAGGGUGGAUGCACAGAAUAAAGUGCAGACCCUCAAGGAACAGAUAGACUUCCAGAAGCACAUGAGUGAGCAGGAGGUGAGGGAGAUGCGCACCCGCUAUGAGAGUCGCCUGGUGGAGGUAGACACCGGGCGGCAACAGGAGUUUGAGAGCAAGAUGGCCGAGGCCAUGCAGGAACUGCGCAAGGAGCACGAGGCCCAGAUCCAGCAGUACAGAGAGGAGCUGGAGCGCACCUUCAUCGCCAAGCUGGACAAUGCUCAGCAGGCGGCUUCAAAGAAUAGCGACGUUGCCUCGUCAGUACGGGAGGAACUCGCAACAACCCGGACCAGACUGGAGUCUCAGUCGUCUGAGCUGAGCCAUCUUCAGAGACAGAACACAGCCCUGGAGGCGCGGGUGAUGGAGCUGGAGCAGACGCUGGACCGCGAGCGCGAUGUGGCCCACCAGAGGAUGAGCCGCAAGGAGCAGGAGAUGGCGGCCAUGAGGGCACAGAUGCAGGCCCAGCUGGAGGACUACCAGAACCUGCUGGACGUCAAGCUGUCGCUGGACAUGGAGAUCAACACCUACAGGAAGAUGCUGGAGGGAGAGGAGCAGAGGCUGAAGCUGUCACCGAGUCCCUCUGGACACGGACCGGUGCCACGCAGGCAUGCCCACGGGGUCCGACGCAUGAAGGGCGCCAAGAGGAAGAGAGAGAGCGGCCACUCCCCGUCCUACAAGAUCACCCAGCAGUCAUCGGCGCGAGGCAGCGUGUCAAUCGACGACAUCGACAAGGAAGGCCAGUACAUCAGGCUGAAAAACAACUCUGACAUGGACCAGCCUGUGGGCGGGUGGACCGUGUUGAAGAGUCACAGCGUUGCUCCUGAAAUCUCCUUCCAGAUUCCCUCCCCCUACAUUCUGAGAGGUGGACACACCCUAACUGUCUGGGCUGAAGAGGCUGUUGAGCAGGCUCCAUCUGGGGAUUUGGUUCUGAUGGGCCACAGGAGCUGGGGUCCAGUUGACGACGUCAGGGUCCUGCUGCUCACCACUCAGAAUGAGGAGACGGCAGAGCGCAGGCUGGUGUGCGUGCGGCAGCGGCCGGAGGGAGCCGACUCGGACGAGGAGUUUGACGAGGAGCCCAUCUCUGGCAGCGAGCUUCACCUCAGGAGACAGCCCAAAAGGAAGAAAAAGGAGAAAUGUUGUCUGGUCUUGUGAGGCAGACGGAGGGGGACUGGCAACGGGCAGCGAAGCCAGCUGUGCAGUCAUGUGACACUUUUUUGUUACUGGAAAACCAUCCUGUGAAGGUGCCACCAUGGAAGGUGAAGGUUGAAUGUGGAUAUGGUCUCUGGUAUUUGACACCAAGCAUAUAUCCAGUCUAUAUGGUUGGUGGUUAUGUUUUUAGGGUCUGUCACUAGGUACUUACAGUUUGAAUUUAUACUAAUAAAAAUAUAGUAAAAUAGAAAAACUCAAACAGAAUGAGUACUCUUUUUUUUUAACUUUGAGAAAAAAACGUUUCUUUCCAUGUUAUGGUACAGUCAUCCUCUAAGCUGGAAGAGAUGCCUUGUACUAAACUUGAAAUGCCUUCUAAUGUUAGGUACUGAGGAAAUGUGACUGUGUGCCUUAGUGGAAAAUGGCAGAAAGCACUUCUCCCGUGUACUGGUGUAGUAGAUGUGUAGUUGUCUGGGAUUUGAAUGUGUCUCGGCCAUGGGCUCGUCAGUCCUGUGUAGCUGUGCCAAGCAGGUGCUUUUUGCAGGCUUAGCGCUUUCUCCGUUUAUUUGGGACUACUCGUUUGCACGUAAAGGCUGAACGGUGGCCACGCACUGGCUGUGGUUUCAACCAAAGUAAUGGGUUGCUGCUGCUAACUGGGAACAGUUCUGAAAGUAGAGGGACUGCUUUCACUAUAGGAAUAUGUGCUUUUGUUUUGGGGAAGCCCUCCCUGGUCAAAAAUGAAUAAGUUAAUUAUUAUAAAAUAUGAAGCAAAUGCUUGUCAAAAAUAAAAGCAUAAUUAUUUAACAUAAUGAGGACAUAAUGCAUACAGUAAAUAUAUGUUGAUUCAGUCUCAAGUGCUUCAUUUUAUUUAAAGUGUAGCUCAAUUAGAUCUUUUUUUGCUUUCCAAUCUUUUGAGGAACACGUGUUCAGUGUGUUGUCCAGGUUGUUUUGAUACUGGGGGGUAAUCGGUAAAAUGACAAAAGUAGCUAAACAACUAGAACAGUACUGUACAUGAACCUGAAUCUUGCCUUUGACUGUCAAUCCUACCUAUUUAUGACUUUUAUUGCACAAAUACAUUGAGCACAUUUGUAUGAAUCCAAUAAAG